UCCCCGCGCUCCUCUAUCGCUCCCGCCGCAGCCCCGACCUCGCCCGUCCGCCGCGCUCGCCCCCGCCAUGCCGAACAUUGUGCUGUUCAGCGGCAGCUCCCACCACGACCUGUCCCAGCGGGUGGCGGACCGGCUCGGGCUGGAGCUGGGCAAGGUGGUCACCAAGAAGUUCAGCAACCAGGAGACCAGUGUAGAGAUUGGUGAAAGUGUGAGAGGGGAAGAUGUGUAUAUUAUCCAGAGUGGCUGUGGAGAAAUAAAUGACAACUUAAUGGAACUACUCAUCAUGAUCAAUGCUUGCAAGAUUGCAUCAUCCUCCAGAGUGACUGCUGUAAUUCCAUGUUUUCCAUAUGCCAGGCAAGAUAAGAAAGACAAGAAGGGGUCCGUGGAGCGUUGGAGCCGUGCACCAAUCUCUGCAAAACUUGUUGCCAACAUGCUGUCAGUUGCAGGGGCUGACCACAUCAUCACCAUGGACUUGCAUGCUUCUCAGAUCCAGGGUUUCUUUGACAUUCCAGUAGAUAACCUGUAUGCAGAACCUGCAGUCCUGCAGUGGAUUAAAGAGAACAUUCCUGAGUGGAGAAACUGUAUCAUAGUCUCACCUGAUGCAGGUGGUGCAAAAAGGGUUACUUCAAUUGCUGACAGACUGAAUGUGGAAUUUGCUCUCAUUCAUAAGGAAAGAAAGAAGGCAAAUGAAGUGGACAGAAUGGUCUUGGUUGGUGAUGUGAAAGACAGAGUAGCAAUUCUUGUUGACGAUAUGGCUGACACAUGUGGCACAAUAUGUCAUGCAGCAGACAAGUUAAUGUCUGCUGGAGCUACUAAAGUUUAUGCCAUUCUGACUCACGGCAUCUUUUCUGGUCCUGCCCUCUCUCGGAUUAAUAAUGCAUCGUUUGAGGCUGUUGUGGUAACCAACACAAUCCCCCAGGAGGAGAAAAUGAAACAUUGCCCAAAAAUACAGUUUAUUGACAUUUCCAUGAUCCUGGCAGAGGCAAUUCGAAGAACACACAAUGGUGAAUCAGUGUCUUACCUGUUCAGUCACGUCCCCUUGUAACUGCAGGGGAUUACACUGCAUCUUUGCAAAGGUCUCUUAAGCUGACACUGUUUUUAAGUAUGCACAUCAACCAUGAGAAAUCAUCUUUGUACAAUUUGAGAGCUUGUAUGUUUAAUUAUCAUAUUUGUCUUGUAAUUACCAUUUGUUCUUUGUAAAUGGGCAAUAAAUCUCCAUCUUGCAGAAGCCUUA